UUUUCUACCCGGAAACCACGGCUGCCGGACCCUGAGAGGAGGCUGUGUCGCGGUGGCGUGAGCCGGACUGGUCUCUGGUCCUCGCCUGGGCCCCGCGGAGCCCGACGCCGCCCCCGGCGCGGCGGGGAGGAUGGUGCCGAGCGGCCCCUGGCCCGCCGCGCGCCGCCGCGAGUGAUCUCUGAGCGGCCGCGGGCGUCCGCCGAGCAGCUGGCCCGGCCGGGGCCGGGGCGCGCCGCUGCCCACCGGGGCGGGGUGGAGCUGAUCAGAAUAAUGUUCAGCAUCAACCCCCUGGAGAACCUGAAGCUGUACAUCAGCAGCCGGCCUCCCCUUGUGGUCUUUAUGAUCAGUGUCAGCGCCAUGGCAAUAGCCUUCCUGACCUUGGGCUACUUCUUCAAAAUCAAGGAGAUUAAGUCACCGGAGAUGGCAGAGGAUUGGAACACGUUUCUGCUGCGGUUUAACGAUUUGGACUUGUGUGUAUCUGAGAAUGAAACGUUAAAGCACCUCACAAAUGACACCACGGCUCCGGAGAGCACAGUGACCAGUGGGCAGGCCAGAGCGGCCACCCAGUCCCCUCAGGCCCUGGAGGAUUCGGGUCCAGUUAACAUCUCAGUUGCGAUCACCCUAACCCUGGACCCGCUGAAGCCCUUUGGAGGGUACUCUCGCAACAUCACCCAUCUGUACUCGACCAUUUUAGGGCAUCAGAUUGGACUUUCAGGCAGGGAAGCCCACGAGGAGAUAAACAUUACCUUUACCCUGCCUGCAGCCUGGAGUUCUGACGACUGCGCCCUUCACGGUCACUGUGAGCAGGUGGUGUUCACAGCCUGCAUGACCCUCACGGCCAACCCAGGCGUGUUCCCUGUCACCGUACAGCCACCGCACUGCACUCCCGACACGUAUAGCAACGCCACGCUCUGGUACAAGAUCUUCACCACUGCCAGAGACGCCAACACAAAAUAUGCUCAAGAUUACAAUCCUUUCUGGUGUUACAAGGGGGCCAUUGGAAAAGUUUAUCAUGCUUUAAAUCCCAAGCUUACAGUUAUUGUUCCGGACGAUGACCGGUCAUUAAUAAAUUUGCAUCUCAUGCACACCAGUUACUUCCUCUUCGUGAUGGUGAUAACGAUGUUUUGCUAUGCGGUUAUCAAAGGCAGACCCAGCAAAUUGCGUCAGAGCAAUCCUGACUUUUGUCCUGAGAAGGUGGCUUUGGCUGAUGCCUAAUCCCACAACUGCCUGUUUUCUAAGAGAGACUGAGAGAACCAUAAUCAUUGCCUGCUGAACCCAGCCUGGGCCUGGACACUCUGUGAAUAUAUUCUCUUGCAAUGUUGGGUUAUUCCAGCCAAAGACAUUUCAAGUGCCUGUAACUGAUUUGUAUAUAUUUAUAAAAAUCUAUUCAGAAAUUGGUCCAAUGAUGCACGUGCUUCGCACUGGGGGCAGCAGGAACCCUUCAGCCUCACCUGUGGAUUCGGGAUGGUUCUGCGCGGUGCCAGGGGAGCGCGAUCGCACCACUGCAGAGCAGACCUUGCGUCUUUGCCGAGGUCGCAGGGGCAUUUCGUUGCCGGUGGGGUUGAGGUUUGCUUUGGUUCUUGUUUCAGCCCGAUAUGUACAGAAUGUUCCGAACAGUCUGCACCUUCGAUAUGAUACUGCAUUUCCAAAGCCACCAAUCCAUUUUGUGGAUUUUACGUGUCUGUGGCUUAAUAAUCAUGGUAACAACAAUAAUACCUUUUUCUCCAUUUUGCUUGCAAGGAAACAUGCCUAUCUUCCUUAGUCUUCUGUUUUGUUUUGUUUUUUUUCUUGGAAGAAAAAGUAAAAUAGUCACAUUUUAAUACUACUCUAGUUAGGACAGACUUGUGCUUUUAUCUUGAGUAAAGAGUUAAAUACUUAAAAAUCCCCCACAUGGUAAAGAUCUAAGUUUCAUUUUCCACAUGGAUGCUGAGGAACCUGGUCUUGAUUGAGUUGAGUGGGCACAGAAUGUUUGACUGUCUUUUUCUUCUCUGUGGCCCCUUCCCUCUGUAAAGUUGAAGCAGCGUCCUCACUCAAAAGAGCUUAAAAAUUAAGUAAAUGGCUCGAGAGUAGAAAUUAGCUGUUCUAUUUUCUGGAGUGCAGCUGGCAGUAUAGAAAGAGAAACAGAUGAUUCGGUCUAAUAGUUGUAAAAGAGCUUCUGGUCUUCUUUGAAGAGGGAGUGGAUUUUGUUUUCUUCCUUUUACUUUUUGCAUAUGUUUUUAUGCAGUGAACGUAUCUCCAGAAGGAAAAUGGCAGCUCGGAGA